AUAUUUAUUUAUAGUAACUAAAAUCUGUAGUUAGAUGAGAUGGAAAUUAAAGUUAAGUUGAGAUGGUGAUACUUCUACUUGCAACCGAAAAAAAAAAAAUAAUCUGGAGUAAAAAUAAAAAAAAAAAAUUUCAUGCGUUUAAGGUUGUCUGGAGCAAUACCAUCCACCAAAGUCAAUAUAAUACCAUCUAUAAGUAGAGUUAGUGAAUGGUUACAGGUGUGAUAUAACGAAAGAUAGAGCUUACGUGAGUCAACCAUAAUGUCAACACAUCAUCCUACUAUAGCUACGUCAGGUAUAGGGAGUGUGUUUAAAUCAUUAACCAAGACUCUAAAAUCAUCAUCAACGGCAAAGAAUGUGCCAGUCCUGAUUAAUGCUUUGGUUGUAGGGGGUGGAGGUGAUCUACCUCAACUAUUUCAACAAUUACAAUCGAGUUCAUUAUCAACCAGAACGUCAGCGGCCGUUAAAUUAACAGAAUCAUUGGAUAAAUAUUCAAUAUCAUCUAUACCUGAAGUAUGGUAUUUAGCUCGAGAUUUAUGUGAUCAACGAAUGCUGUCUCAAACAAGACGAGUGGCAUUGAAAUUGUUAAUCCUGUGUAUCAAUCAUGAUGAUGAUGCAGUAGGGACCAAAAUACGGUAUUUCAGAGAUAUUAUAACUUACUGUCAAUUGAAAUCAAACGUUAAGAUUGAUCCUGAGUAUGAUUUAUUCCUUGAAGCUUUAAGAGCUUUAACUAAUGAAGGAAGAGAUAUUCAUGAUUUCUGUAUUUAUGAUGAAGAUAAAAACAUUGAUUUAUUUAUUCGUUCAAGUUUAACUAUACUAUCGCAAGAUUUAUCAAAAGAAUCAGAAGUUAAUAAUUUAAUCAAUACUCUUGCAUUUAUAAAGAAUUGUUUAAAAUAUAGUUUUACCAUCCUUGACGAAACUUUAGUCAUAUCAAUCAUUUCCAUAAUCAUGAUUAUAGGAAAUCAAACCACUAAUAAACUAAUCAUAUCAUGUAUCAUAGACCUUCUUCAUGCCAUUAUUCUAUUCGGUACCAUACCGGCAGAUUCAUUCGAUCAUAUCAUUCAUUUAUUCAGUAAUAUCUAUGGAUCAAACCUCGAUGAAUCAUUAAACAAACGGAUUUGGGAAUGUAUUGACAGUUUAUCAACUGAAGACUCGAUUCAACUUAUUAUUUCAAGUUUAAGUAAAUCCAUUGUCAAUCCAGGCUUACAAGCUGUCAAACAAUCCGAUUCUAUUAAUAAUCCCGCUAUUCAAUCAUGCAUAGGAGCGAUUGAGAUCAUUCAAUUAAUCCAAAUUGUCAAUGCGGCAGAAAAUAGACCAUCAAUCGAUUAUUGUUAUUUGAAUAUUUAUCAAUCGAUUAAGAUAGCGAUAUCAUUUAAUAUUCCCAUUAUAAACUCGGUGAUAUUAAGAUACUUUGAUCGAUUAUUCUCCAAGGAUUCAUAUCGAGAAAACUUUAAUAUUCAAUUCAAUGAAUCCUUUGAUAAGAUCUUACCCUUCCAAUUAUGGUAUUCCAAUAGUAUAUCCAUGUUUGAAGUGUUGAAGAGUUUAAAGAUAAAUUCAGAACAAGAUGAAAGUUAUUUACAAUCAAUUUGUUUAUCAUUACAACAAUUAUACGAAAAUCAUGAAUUGAAAUGUCCUCAAGAUAAAUUAAUUAAUUUUUUAAUCCAAAAUUAUAAUAUCUUGAUGAUUGAAAAUAUUCGAUUCGUGUUGAAGUUUUAUAAUGAAGAGAGAUUAUGUACCCUUUUAAAUCCGUUUUGGAAAGAUAAUUGUUUGAAGAUUUUGAAUUAUUUUUAUUAUAAUUCGACCAAUCUGGAAUCUAAAAUCGAAUGUUUAAGAGUGAUUAAAGAUAGUAUUGAAAUGUCAUCUUCCAUAUUCACCAAAACAAGUAUGAGUUAUGAUAUUAUAUUCGAUAUACUUAAAAAAUCCCUCUUUGAAAAGGAUGAAAUCAUAGCGGAUUAUUUAAUUGAUAACUUAUUCAUCUUCCUAGCGUUGAAUACUUCAAGUGCUGAAUUCAAACAAUUAUGUAAUAUCUUCAUCUUCCAAAUUGAAAAGACAAAACCAGCUCAUCAACAAGAUAAUAGUAGUAAAUUAAAAAGUUUUGUAUCAUUAAGUUCUAUAUCCCAAACCACGUCAAAUCAGAACACUUCGUCGCCGUUAUUCUUCUUAAAGAUUGCUAAAGCUAUAGCUCGAGUAUUCUUGGUAUGCAUUAAUAAUAAUAAUGGUGAAAAGGCUCAAGAAUGUUAUAAUUUGAUGAUUAAAAUGGCUCAAUAUGCUAUGAUUAAUAAUGAUAUUGAUUUAUUAUUAGCGAUAUCGAAAUGUUUAAUCAGAAUCCGUGCCACGGCAGAAGGAGAAAUGUUUCUUUCUAAACCUACUGAUAUGACAGGAUUAUCAUUGGCGUUUAAAAGAAAUAGUGAAGAUGCAAGUUUUAAUAAAGAUAUGAUUAAACAAUAUAAAUGGGUAUAUCCUGAAAUCAUUCCUUAUUUACCCGAUAAAUUAUAUGAUAAACCUUCCAAGGCAUUGGUCAUUAAGGAUUCUUCAGAACCAACCACAACUACUUUCGAUAUAGAUUUAUCAGAAUGGUUUAAGAUUGUGCUUGAUAUCAUGCAACAAUUUUUCGAUUGGGAGAUUUAUUCUUUUAUUUGGGCACAUUUUUGUUCUCAAUUAUCGAACAUCAACUUAUUCAUUCAAUAUAACGAACAAAUCGUUAAAUUAAAGAAUAUCAUUUGUGAUCAAUUAACAUUGAAUUUACCUUCUCAUAUUAAAUUCCCUCCAGAUAUUACCAAAGCUGAUUUACAAGUUACAUCAGUAAGAACUUUAACACCAUUAUUAGGUUAUCAACAUAAAUUUUCUAAAUAUGAUAAAGAUCAAAUUAUAAAUUCGUUGAUUAUUGGAUUAGGAUCAUGGGAAAAGACAGCUAUUCCAUGUAUAAAUAUCCUUACUGUGUGUUGUUACGAACUUCCCUUAUCAGUUAAGAAAUAUUUGGCGGUUAUUUUAACUACUUUACAAACCAGAAUUACAAGUGCAUUUGCUAGUACUCAUACAUUAGAAUUCUUACUUUCAUUAAUUCAUUUACCUUCAUUAACAUCAAAUUUCACUUUGGAUGAAUUUAGACGAGUAUUUGGAAUAGCGUUUAAAUUAAUCCAAUACUCCAAUGAUAUCAUUAAAAAGAGAGAUAAUAAUAAUAAUACUGACAAUGAUGAAGAUAGGAAGAAUAUCUUACAAGCUCAUGGGGUUGAUGCUCAAGUGGAUCAAACUCCAUCUAAUCAAUCCACUCAUUUCACACCUAUCCUUUCUCAAUACAUGUUAUCAUUAUCAUAUAAUGUUAUUUCGACAUGGUUUUUAAAAAUCAAUAUUAAUGAUCGUAAGAAAUUAUCCUCAUUUAUAUUGAAGAAUCUUAUCUUAUGUAAUGAAGGGAAAGAAUUAGAUGAUCAAACUAUAGGAUAUCUUGAUUUGAUUAUAAGAUUCACUUAUAGUGAUUUACCGUUGAAAAUUAUCAGUUCAACUGCCCCUGGGAAAUUAGGUCGGAUAAGUAAAACAGCCAAUUUAAGUAGAUGGAUUAUUGGGAAUAGUAUAUUAAGUAUAGAUACAGAUUAUACUAAUGGGAAUACGAAUUUGAUUGUGAGAAGACCAACUGGGGUGGCUAAAUUAGUGAUUAAAUUAGAAUAUGAUGAAGAACAUUAUAGUAUCACCAAGACGGAUGUGAUUAAUCCUAAUUAUUUCUUAUUACAAUUAUUUGAUCAUAUUGAUGUGAAUCAUAAAAAUAAUACCUCAAAACCGAUCCCAAUUAUGGAAGAUUCGAUUAUUUUAAGAGCUUUGAAUGUGUUAGAUCGUAUCCCUACCGUUGAAUUUCAUAAAAUUGGAAUCAUUUAUAUUGGUAAAGGUCAACAAUCUGAAAAUGAUGUAUUAUUGAAUAAGAUUGGAUCGAAGAAUUAUCAAAAUUUCUUAUACAAGAUUGGGAAAUUAGUUAAAUUAAAAUCGAACCCAAGUCAAAUAUAUAUGGGAUCAUUGGAUACGGAGAAUAAUAUCGAUGGGGAAUAUUCAAGAUAUUGGAGAGAUACUACUACUCAAGUUAUAUUUCAUAUCACUACUAUGAUGAAUGAUCCUAAACUUUUAUCAAGUGAUGAAUUAUUGGAUGAUGAAAAACAACGAAUUAUAGAAUUAAAGAAAAGACAUAUUGGGAAUAAUUAUGUUAAUAUUUAUUAUGAUGAAUCGGGAUUAGACUUUAAUUUCAAUUUAAUUAAAUCUCAAUUCAAUUUCUUAAACAUUGUUAUCUCCCCGCAUACCAUUUCCACAUCUUCAAUUGAAAGACAUGAAAUCAAUAUGGAGACCAACAAUAGUGAGAACAACCUUAAUAAUAAUGGAGAAUUUCAAGAUCGAUAUUAUAAAGUGAAAACAUUUAGAAGAUAUGGAGUUCCAGGUGUGUUUGCCACUAGUCAUUUUAAAAUCAUUUCGGAAACGAAUUUACCUAAUUUUAUUCGAAACCUAGCUAUAUUAGCCGAUCAAUUUGCUAAUGUUUGGCAUGCGAAUUUAUCAGGAUCAUUUAUAUCAAAUUGGUCUCAAAGGGUUAAACAAAUUAAAAUCUUACGAGAAAAGACGCUUUCAAAUCAUGAAAUGUUAAAACAAGAAGAAUUACAAUCGAAAAUAAGUAAUGAAAGUCAUAUUAGUAAUAUAACUACCACCCAAUCAUUAUUUGAUCAAUUACAACCCAAUAUUAAUAGUGAAAGUAAUAGUAAUGGAUCCACUAUCGGAAUGUCAAAUGAUAUUAAUGAUUAUAAAUUUGAAUACUUACAUAAUGAUAAUGAAGAUGGAAAGACCCAUCCUACUGAUGAAUUAUAUCAAUUGGUUGAAUUCAAUUCUUAUACGUUUUAG